GAUUGUCAAGAAGAGACGGCACAAAGAGAUGCAAACGCCAACUCAGAGCUAAGAACCUGUUUUAUUGAAUUCCUCCGUUCCGCCGUUCAUGGGAAUAUUUCAGUAAAGACCACCAACAUUUGCUGCAGAUCUGAAGAAAAAACGUGCAAUUUCCACUUCUCAGCGGCAGCGAUGCUUUUCCACAGCCUCCCCGGAGGCGAGAUGCAGGGGAUCAUUGAUGAAAUGGACCGGAGAGGAAAGGGAGAUUCGGCGGCAAUCAGCUCGACCAUAGACAUGGGUGAAACCGACACGAACGCGACCGCCAUUAGUGGCGACCGUGUGGCUCUGUGCGCCGGCUGCGGGGGAAAGAUCUCCGACCGCUACUACCUGCUCGCAGUGGACAAACAGUGGCACAUGCGCUGUCUGAAGUGCAGCGAGUGUAAACUCAACCUGGAGUCCGAGCUCACCUGCUUUAGUAAAGAUGGCAGCAUUUAUUGCAAGGAAGACUAUUACAGGCGAUUCUCCGUGCAGAGAUGUGCCCGGUGCCACCUUGGUAUUUCAGCGUCGGAAAUGGUGAUGCGCGCCAGGGAUUUGGUGUAUCACCUGAACUGUUUCACCUGCACCACCUGCAGCAAAAUGCUGACGACGGGAGACCACUUCGGCAUGAAAGACAGUCUGGUGUACUGCCGGGUACACUUUGAAACGCUAAUACAGGGGGAAUACCAAGCACAUUACAACCACACGGAUAUAGCGCCCAACAAAGGCGGAGGACUUGGUGCAGGAACGGCUAAUGCGCUCGGGCUGGGCUACUACAACGGCGCGAGCACUGUGCAGAAGGGCAGACCGCGGAAGAGAAAAAGUCCUGGACCAGGAGCAGACCUGGCAGCUUACAACGCAGGGCUCACCUGUAAUGAGAAUGACAGGGACCUCCCAGAGCGGGACUCCCACUAUGGAUCCAGCCAGAAGUCCAAGCGCAUGAGGACCUCCUUCAAACACCAUCAGCUGAGGACCAUGAAGUCCUACUUCGCCAUCAACCACAACCCCGAUGCCAAGGACCUGAAGCAGCUGGCCCAGAAAACAGGCCUGACCAAACGAGUGCUGCAGGUCUGGUUCCAGAACGCCCGGGCCAAAUUUCGACGGAACCUACUACGUCAGGAGAACACGGGGGUGGACAAGGCGUCGGACGGAUCCACACUGCAGGGGGGGUCGCCCUCCGGUCCGCCCUCAGACAUCUCCAACACCUCCAUGAGCCCCUCGGCAACCCCUACCCUCACAGACCUCACCAACCCCACCGUGACCUCCGUGCUGACCUCAGGGGGGCUGGACAGCCACGAUUCCAGGAGCCCCCCCGAGGCCACCCUCACCAGCCUGUUUUGACACCCCA